AUGCAGCAAGAAGAAAUCAAAGCUGGGUUUCAGAGUGACGCGACCGGGUUUAUGGGCAUACUUACCAACAACGUUAUGCCGACCACUGAACGGUUCGAUAAUAGUCUGCGAAAUUCUGUAACAGACAGCAUGACUACGCGUAAGCUCUCUGUAAAACCCGUGUUGAGCAUUAAUGUGUUAACCUGUUUGAUGUGCAUGGCUCAGGAACAUAUGAUGUAUAGGAAAGCUUUGGACUCGUUUCCCAAAAAUCACAAGCAAGCUCAAGAGUGUAUUCAAGAAAAGAUUGAGAAGUCUUCUGAAAGUGUCGAAGCUUUUUGGACAUCGAUCGAGAAAAACUUGUACGAAGAUCAAAUAAAUAUCGCAAGGGCUGAUGGAAUCCUGCACAUGUUCAAGGCAACGAACCAGAGUCAGCAAUAUGUUACUAAUAUUCAACACCAAGAUCUCCGUAGUUUGUACCCAUACCGAAUAUUAAAGAAGAAAGAUCGAAAUGGGUACACUACGCCUUGCCCAAUAACAAAUUCAUUGGAGGAUAAUCCGGCGGACGAAUCAAGAUCAAAGAGACGGAUACUCGCAAAGACUGAUGAUGAUAGUUACAAGAGCGAUGAACAUGAUGAGCGUGGUGAUAGUGAUGAGGCGAGUGAUGAGAAUAGUGAUGAGGAGAGUGAGAGUGGAUUAGUACUAAACACAGAAAUAAUAGGGUUUGAUGACUUUAUCGAACAAGCGGGCAAAUCUUUCACUUUCAAAGCGAAGAAUAUUUCAUCGUUGUUUAAAUCAUAUCGAUCUGAAGCAUUGUCUCUGGCGCAAGAAUCUGAUGAUUACUCCGACGUGCAAAUAAAAAAGUUUUCCAGAGAUACACUUGAGGAUCUAAGAAAGGAUACCAGGUCAAAGAUUCUUGGGAAAGAAAAAUUAUCUAAAGAUAUUAAGUCGAUCCUUCAAGAAUACGUUGAGAUUGCUCUUGACGACGAAGAUGGUGGAUUGAGUAGGCUUCGGAAAUUAAUAAUAGAGUCUUAUUCAAAAACAUUCAAUACACCAGAAGAGCUUGAACUUUUUCAGAAGAUGCGGUUAUUAUUUCAACAAUUAGCUAGUAAUAUUCCAAUACAUUCAUCGAAAGAAAAAAUUAGUGAAGGAACAUUAAUAGCCAACAUAAUCAGUCCUGUGUUGCGCAUUUUCUUUCACGAUGUUUCUGUUCACCCUACGAUAUGGCCAAAUACAUCCAGUAGUAGUGCCAAGGUUCGGAAGCUCGCUAAUAAUGACCCUCCUCGCGCUAAGCAACCGAACAUGAUUGGAAAUAAUGUUCUUCAUAAUGGAAGGUUUGCCUAUGAGAUGAUGUAUGGAGAGGUAACAGGUGAAGAUAAUAUUCUGCAGAAAACCGGUGUCAAUUCUAUUGUAUUUGCAUGGCAAUCUAUUGUAACAAAAUGGACCGGAUAUUUCAUGACCUUGAUCGCACCUGGUGUAUACAUAAUGGUAGAUGCGGCAUAUGAACGAGCUUCGAAGAAAGUCUUAUCGGCAAUAAAUAAGGAUGAAGACUCCGAAAACGUCGGGCUCAAAACAUGGUGUCGACCGACACUUGGGACAUCAGAAUUUAAAAAAAUCACCGAAAUCAAAUGA